UCAAUUAUUAUUUUUUACCGGGCAUUUUAUAGUUAGUGUGACUGUGGAUUGAGAAUGACCAGUGAGUGCGAUGAGUGAUUCACAUUUUCAUGUAAUGAUUAUCUUGUAAUUAAACUGUGAUUUCAUUUAAAACUAUUUUUGCGAUAAUGUUCUUUUAAUGAUAAUUUAAUAACGUUUUAUAUAUAAAAAUUGGCGUCAAAAACUUUGCUGAAUGUACAAUCAUGGACCUGAUGUGGUUAGUAACAGGUGUAGUGUUGUUACUGCUACUAUCCAAUGAACGUUUUAGGUAUCAUUGUAAAUUCAUAAUAUUCAUAGUAUCAUGCCUGAUUGUGGCAACAUUACCAAUACCAUUAAUGCUUCAUAGGCCAAAAGAUGCACGAAAUGCUUUAUUACCUGCAUUAGGUUGCAAAGUAAUAUCACAGUUACUAGGCAUGUCAAUUAUUGUUCGUGGCAAAGAAAAUAUCGUUAAGGAUCAAGGCUGUGUUGUCCUGAUUAAUCAUCAAAGUGCUUUGGAUUUACGAGUACUAGCUGAAUUAUGGCCUAUCAUGGAACGUUGUACUCAAGUAGCAAAAAAAUCAUUAUUUUAUCUUUGGCCAUUCGGAUUAGCAUGUUGGUUAUGGGGAACAAUUUUUAUUGAUCGGGUAAAUGCCGAGGAGGCACAACAAAAAUUGAAUAGUACAGAGCAAGCAAUUAAACAUAGAAAAGCACGUUUAUUAAUGUUUCCUGAAGGUACACGAGGAGAUGGUAAUGAAUUGUUGCCGUUUAAAAAAGGUGGUUUCCAUGUCGCAGUUAAUACACAAUGCCCUAUUCAACCUGUGGUCGUGUCUAAAUAUUUAUUUAUAAAUAGUGACCGUAAACAUUUUGGUCGAGGAUUAUCUAUAAUCACAAUACUGCCAGCCAUACCAACCGAAGGUUUAACCAAAAGUGAUAUACCAGCAUUAAUGGAGAAAACACGUAAUGCAAUGGUUGAAGCAUUUAAGAAAACAUCAGACGAGGCAAGACAAUUCAGUGAGAAUUCAUCAUAUCUACUACAUUCCAAAUCGGAAUAAAAAUAAAUCAAUCGCACAACGUAAAAUAAAUAUUUUUUUAUUAUACAAAGAAUUUUAUGAUUAUAUUAAUUUGUUAAUUGCAUUUAGCUUAAAAAGCUUCCAGAAAAAAAUUCCAGAAAAAUUACACAGAUUGUAGGGUACCAAAAGUAUAGCUAAAAAACUUGUCAAAAAUGGCCUGUAUAAACACGACACUUGGAUAUCAUUUUCGAGGUGAAAUAAUGGUCAAAUUUAUCUUUUUAAAUGGAAAGUAUUUUUUUAUAGCAGAUUCGAUUUCAUUUCCCACAUAUAAAUUUGUUUUCAUCUUUUCCUGACCUUUUACAAGUUUAAUGCAAACAUUUUAAAGGUUUAAUAAAAUAAAUUUUUGCUUGUCCUAUUUAUUCGGGUCAUUUUUCGAUGACGAGUUGGUUACCUGUAUCCAUACUUUUGGGGCAGUCUAUAUAUAUAAGUAUGUAAAUACUCGGGUUACUUUAGGGAGACCAACCUUGGAAACUUUAAAGUGUUUUUGAGUCUAGCAUUACAAUGAAAUUGAUUCGAUUUUAUAAUUUUGCUAAGUAUAAGUUAUUUUAAAGUAAAAUUAAAAGGUCGAACCAGUUAAACUGUGUGCUUGUAAAACGAACUUUGUCUUUUUUCAAGGUUAAGGUUUGUAUUUCUAAAAAACUCCGGGAAUAUAUAUUUGUGAAUAUUUAUAUUUGAUAUUGUGUUUGUUGAUGUUUAUUUUUAAAAAAUAUGAAUUGAACAAUUUAAGAUUAUAAUUGUUGUUUUUAUAAAAUCUUUACUAAGUACUGCGUACGGUUGCUACAUACAACGCUUCCAAUUAUUUACUUUUUUAAGUUUGCCAAAU